AGGUUCCAGAUCAUUCAAAAUUCGAUAUGUCGUCUAGCUACACACGCCUGUUCCGCGUUUUAUUCGUGAUUAUUUUCAUCAAGUUGCUCUUCCUUCUGGCACUUUAUUUGCACAGCUAUGAUGGUGUUGCCCGCUUUCAGAGGAGUUCGCAAGUGGAUGUAUUCGAUGAGCUGCUCGUAGAUCGCAGAGGAAUGCCUUCUUUGGAGCAGCGAUUGCAAUGGAUCCGCGAGGAAAUGCCGUCCUUUCCGCUGGAAGAGCUCCUGGCCAGAGAAAACAGGAAAUUGCCCGCGGCGAAGUGUGGACCCGCGCCCGAUCUGAUGAACAUAGACUUUCACAACACCUAUUGGCAGAGGGCCAUUAAUGGCAACCUGACGUACUACCUCUUUGCAGCCUACUACGACGACAGAGAGGCGGUGCCAGAGGCGCCGCUCGUGCGUCUGCUGGCCAUGGUUAACCAGCACCAGAACAACUCCUUCGAGUACCCCGAAAUCUUCUGCCAGUUUUGGUUCGAGGGCAGGGCCAAGCCCGUGAUUGUGCCCGUUUCGGAGCACAAGGUGAUGUGGCCCUUUUAUCAUGCGCCGCGGCGGUAUUACCCCACAUUCUUGAGCUGUCCUUUGCCAGAGGGUAAGCACCAAUGGCUGGUGCCCCAAAUGGUUUCCUUGGUGGCUAGGAAAUGCGAUAUGGCCAGAAAUCUCUUGCGCGUGGUCUACGAAGUUGAUGAGCCUGCAGUGGCGGAAGAGUCCGUGGUGAAUGCCUCAUCCUCGUCGUCGGCAACAUCGUCCACGGAUCCCAAAUUCGUGGUAUGCGUGAAGGCCAUGGACUUUCCGUAUGAAGAUAAGUCUUGGCGAUUGAUCGAGUGGCUGGAGCUGAUGCGUUUGCUGGGCGCCCAGAAGGUGGUGCUCUACGACGCCCAAAUGCAUCCGAACAUGACCAGGGUGGUCAAGGACUAUCUGGUCACAAGUCCCGGCUUUGUGGAGCUGCGUCCCAUGUCCUUGGGCAGAGGUGAACCGCACGUAGGACGGCACUUCCAUCACUAUGCCAUGAAGGCCGACGGCUUCAAUCGGAUUUUGAACGAGAUGAUACCGUACAACGAUUGCUUCUACCGCAACAUGUACAAGUUCGACUACGUGGGUGUGUUCGACAUCGACGAGGUAAUAAUGCCCCUCGGAAACGUAACCACCUGGCCGGAGUUGGUCAAACUUGCCCGCACUGUGCCGGACUACGAGAGUCGCACUGCGGCGGACUGCACUGAGUGGGUGAGCUUCUGCUUCCGCAACGUGUACUACCCCAGGUAUCCGGAGCGUCCGAAGGUCUACCGAAAUCUAUCGAGCUCCUUCUACAUGCUGCAGCACGUGGAGCGAGUGCGUCAGCACUGCGAUCGCGGGGCAGCAGCCAAGUGUCUGCAUGACACCCGAUUUGCCGUGGGACUGCACAACCACUUCACCUUCUUCCACACCGAGGAAUCCGCUUGCGCGGCCAAAUCGGUGCCCAUUGAGUUUGCCCAAAUGCAGCACUAUCGCGAACCGGACACCAAGGCCCUGCUGAUCGACCCCAUUGUGGAUGCCAGUAUCUGGAGAUUCCAGCCGCAGUUGCAGGCCAGAGUAGAGGAUCGAUACCGGAGACUGGGCUUCCUGCCCACCGAGGAGGAGUUGGCCAAGACCCUGGAGAAGCGCCGACUUCGGGAUGAACUGGUCCUGAAGGCGGCAGUGGGUGGAGUCUAGUCUUUGUUAGUGCAUAUCGAAAAGAUUGAAGAGAAAGUCUUGCUCUUGUGCAAAUGUGAUAAGUACUCAUAGCUGCAUGGAGUUUUUUUUGUAGCCUAUAAGUGAAUAAUGAAUAUAGUGUAAAUAUUUCUCAGGGA